CAGAGGUUUGAGAAAAUUGUGAAGAACGGGCGGAUGUUGCUUUGUGAUCUGAAACUGUGCAAAUACCUGGGUCGCCUUAAUCAAGUUGUACUAAAGAUUGCAAUAUUUAAUUUCCGCAGUAUGUCAGGUCAACAAAUAUCCCAACGCUUCAUCGUUCAAAACUGGGAUUUAAAAGUUUCACGGUGCUUUUAAAAUGAUUCUCAAUUUUCCUCAGACUGUCUAGCGCCACUGUGUCCCAUGUCCCGCCUAUCACAGUAAUGGCCAAUGAAAGCACAGGGACGUUUUGAUAUGCCAAUCGCUACGCGAGCUUCAACGCGGUUCCUGGACCUUUACCUAGCCAGCUCUGGUUGAGAUAAUUCAUCGCGUUUGGGAAAUGGCGGCGGUGCAAGAUGGGUCGAUCGAACCGGAGAAUGAGAAAGAAAUGAAAACAGAACCGUUGAACGACGCAGCAGGAAACCACACCGCCUCCGUUGGUGGUGUUCUUUCCUCGUCUCCGGUCGCCGCAUCAUCGGUCGGAACACCGAAAGCCAACGCGGGGUCAGACGAACAGCAGACCUUGAUUGCCGUACUGCAGUUUCUCAAGAGGAACAAGUUGGUCGAAUCGGUCGAUAUUCUGCGCCGAGAAGCUGGAAUUUUGGAAGACCUAGACGACACCCAGGGCUCCGAUGCAGCGGGAACAGGAUCAGGUGGUGGUGUGAAUACAGGCGUUGAGGGUAGGGAUGCAUCGUCCUCCCUUUUCAACCGCGUGUCAGCUGCCACCACCGCCCCUUCAAGCGCCGCAGCUCCGGCUCCUGCUCCUGCGAAAGGUGGGGAGGACCAACCGGACGUGAACGUCGUCCUAUCGGCGUACAGCCAGCAGGGGGACCCGGUGCUGUACCCGGUGUAUUACAACGGACUGAAGAACUUCAUCGAGUCGGUCCUGGACUGCCACCGAGCCGAGCUCUCCCAAGUGUUCUAUCCGCUGUUUGUACACAUGUAUUUGGAGCUGGUGUACAACAACCACGAAAAUGAAGCGAAGGCAUUUUUUGAAAAGUUCAGCGGAGACCAGGAGUGUUACUACCAGGACGACUUGCGCGUGCUGUCGGGCCUGAGCAAGAGGGAGCACAUGAAGGGCAACGAGACGCUGCUGGACUUCCGCACCAGCAAGUUCGUGCUGCGCAUCUCCAGGGACUCCUACCAGCUGCUGAAGAGGCACCUGCAGGAGCGGCAGAACAACCAGAUCUGGAACAUCAUCCAGGAGCACCUCUACAUCGACAUCUUCGACGGCAUGCCGCGGAGCAAGGGCCAGAUCGACAGCAUGUCGGGGAGCCUGGCCGGGGAGGCCAAGCGCGAGGCCAACAAGGCUAAGGUGUUCUACGGGCUGUUGAAGGAGCCAGAGAUCGAGGUGCCCCUCGACGACGAAGACGAGGAGGCUGAAAACGAAGAAGGCAAGCCCAAGAAGAAGAAACCCAAGAAGGACAGCAUGGGGUCAAAGAGCAAAAAACAGGACCCAAACGCACCCCAGCAGAACAGAAUCCCUCUCCCGGAGCUGAAGGACUCGGACAAGCUGGAUAAGAUCAUGAACAUGAAGGAGGCCACGAAAAGGAUUCGUCUGGGUCCCGACACCCUGCCGUCCAUCUGCUUCUACUCCUUCCUCAACGCGUAUCAGGGUCUGACGGCGGUGGACUUCACCGACGACUCCAGCCUGAUCGCGGGAGGGUUCGCCGACUCCACGGUGCGCGUGUGGAGCGUGACGCCCAAGAAGCUCCGUGGAGUCAAGUCCGCGGCCGACCUGAGUCUGAUCGAUAAGGAGUCGGACGACGUGCUGGAGAGGAUAAUGGAUGAGAAGACGGCGAGCGAGUCCAAGAUCCUGUACGGGCACGGUGGUCCUGUGUACGGCAUUAGCUUCAGCCCGGACAGGAACUACCUGUUGUCGUGCUCUGAGGAUGGCACUGUUCGGCUGUGGAGUCUGCAGACCUUCACAUGUCUGGUGGGGUACAAGGGGCACAAUUACCCCGUCUGGGACACGCAGUUCUCACCCUACGGCUACUAUUUCGUGUCCGGGGGCCACGACCGAAUCGCUCGGCUCUGGGCCACGGAUCACUACCAGCCGCUGCGCAUGUUCGCGGGCCACCUGGCCGACAUCACCUGCACCCGCUUCCACCCCAACUCCAACUACGUGGCCACCGGGUCAGCGGACCGCACCAUCCGGAUGUGGGACAUCCUGAGCGGGAACUGCGUCCGGAUCUUCACCGGACACAAGGGGCCAAUCCAUUCCCUGGCCUUCUCGCCGAACGGGAAGUUCCUGGCGUCGGGGGCGACGGACGGCAGGGUGCUCCUGUGGGACAUCGGCCACGGCCUGAUGAUCGGGGAGCUGAAGGGCCACAUGGACACGGUCUACGCCCUGAGAUUCAGCCGAGACGGGGAGAUCCUGGCCUCAGGUUCGAUGGAUAACACCGUCCGGCUGUGGGACUCCUUGAAGGCGUUCGACGACAUCGAGACAGACGACUUCACCGCGGCCACAGGGCACAUCCACCUGCCGGAGAACUCCCAGGAGCUGCUGCUGGGCACGUACAUGACCAAAUCCACGCCCGUCAUCCACCUGCACUUCACCCGAAGGAAUUUACUGCUGGCCGCUGGGGCCUACAAUCCCUAGCAGCGUUCAUCCCUAACCAGAUUAUCUUCUGCAAGUAUGGCCCGCUGUGCAUUUUUCAUCCUGAACGCGGAACGCAAAAUAACGUAGCCCGCACGGUUCGCUCAUUAGACGGCCGUGUCCUUAUCUUUAUUUGCCGGGAUGAAACUUGUACAGGUGCUCAGAGAUGAGGAAAUGUUUAAACAAAGGCUGUCAGGAAGUAUUUUCCUCUGAUGCUAAAUGUGCAAACUGAAUGUUCGUCAGUUAUAACGUAUGAGAGACCUGCCAUUCAGAUGUGAUUGCUUACCAGUUCUAGCUAGCUGUUCCGACCAGUGUUGACGUGUAAAAUACUGUGGUCCUAUGCAUCGAGUGGCACUUUAAAUUAUACAGUCUUUUUUAUUGUCAUACAGUCACUGCCAGGAUCACAUUGUUUCCUCAAUUAUGCCCACAUGUAUAGUCUUUUAUACAGUUACAUUACAGUGUAAAUAAAACACAUUUUCUAUGUA